UCCAUUAAUACAAGCUGAAAUUUUUGUGAGCUAAAUUUGAAUCUUUGAGAGAAUUGAAUAAGUUCACAAACCCUUCAAAAUUGAAUACUUUAGUGUACUUUGGUGAAACUAAACGCAAAUUUCCAUUUUUCCGACACAUUCCGACAACAGUUCGUCACAGCCGUCACUGUCAGUUGUGGUUGUACUAUGGCGGGCGAUUUAAAGAAACAAAAACAAUCGGGGAAAUUAACUUCAUCUCAAAUUAAUGCAAGGUCUUCUCAAGUUUUACCUGGCCAUGUAUUGGUAAACGAAAAAUAUCAAGGCUCCUUACUGGCAAAAACUUUAAGAGGCAGUGUCAACGUUGAUUUUGAGAAAAUGGGAUAUUUGGAUUUCCGUCUUUCCGCAGACUUGGGUGUUCUUUUGCGUGAGUGCGAGCUGAUCUGUGAGACUGGCUACAAGCAAAGAAUUGUAAAAUUAGCAAGGAUUCAAGUUGUCAGAGGAAUUGUAAUGUAUGAGAAAACGCCAAUGACAGCACAAUAUUGUGAACAGUUACAACAAUUCACAGUAGUAACUAUUGGUCUAAAUCUAUAUCCAGUUCACAGUGAGGAAGGCGCUGCUAAAAUGCUUAUACAACUGGUGAACAUAAUCAUGAAUCCUCGGAGUAAUUCAUUUUUGAUCAAGAAAACACAAAAACCAAUGAAUCAAUCAUUGUUGGCAACACUUCAAACAAUCCCAGGUCUUGGAGAGAAGAAAGCAAUUGCUUUGUUACAAAAAUAUUCAAAUUUAAAGGUUUUAAGUCAAGCUUCAAAACAGGACGUGUCAAAGAUUGUUGGGGAAUCCUGUGCCCAAAAAAUCCAACAUUUUUUCUGCCAUCCACCAAAAUAGAAAAUUUAAUUUUUGCUGGCGAAGGGGGACACAAAUGUGGACAGAAAUUGCUGCUCCUAGUUCGAUCUCAAAACCCAAAUUCUUAUGGUAAAGUUCUGCUUUCUAAUCUGCAAAAUACACAAAGCUUCCUCUUCUCUUCAUUGUCCACUUGAGUGAUGGAGAAUUGUUUUUCACAGCUGUGACACUAAAGAAGUUGAAAAAAGACUCAGCUUACGUUUUAAUGAAUUAAGCAAGAGUAAAUAAAUUUUAUACUGAUGCAAACCUCAA